CACCGCGCCGUGGGACGGUCGAUCGUGCACUGCCGCGAAAUAAUAAACGAACAUUAUAUAAAUAAACGGGCAUAUUCCAUUUUUGAAUUAAUUUUCUUUAAUGGCCAGUAAAUCGAAUGGGUUGGAGACGUCGUGGGCACGCGCACCCCCGCCAAAUAGACCUUUUUGUGAAAGGGCACUGAGAGCUAUAUACGAUCCGGAAGAGAAAACUUUUUUGGGGAGGACGCCAAAGCGAUGGGGCAUCGUGCUGGCUUUCUACGCGGUGUUCUACGCGGUGCUGGCGCUCAUGUUCGCGAUCUGCAUGGCCGGCCUGUUCUCCGUGCUGGACGACCGGAAGCCCACCUUCAUACUGGGGAGUUCUUUGAUAGGGGCAAAUCCCGGCGUUGCAUCGAGGCCACGUGGUAUAGCGUUUGAUACACAAAACUCAUCAAACUUUGACGAUUACAUGAAUGAAUUACAAGAAUUUCUAAAACCCUACGAGAACGAAACAUGGUUCUCAUCUAAAAAGAAGUGCACAAAAGAAGACAAUUACGGAUUCCCCGAAUCACCGUGUGCUUUUGUCAAACUAAAUAAGAUCUAUAGCUGGAAGCCCGAUUUCAUCGGCGCAACUGAACUGCCGGCAGAUAUGUCUGAAGAUUUACAAGAGUACAUCAAGGGUCUAUCUGAAAGCGAGCGUCAGCAAGUGUGGGUCUCCUGCUGGGACGAGAAGAACAACUCCACCACGACUCAGAUCGAGUAUCCGUGGGGGAGGGGGCUGGCGGGGAGGUUCUACCCCUUCCUGAACCAAGAUGGCUACAUCAGUCCGCUGGUGGCUGUCAGAAUUACACCACCGACGAACACAUUGAUAGCGGUUAGAUGCCGAGCGUGGGCAAAGAACAUAGUCUAUAACAAGAGUCUCAAGGAACCAUCGGGAUACGUCCGGAUUCCUAUCAUGAUUACAGAUCACGCCGCUGUGAACAUUACAGUAUCAGCAACAUCUUAACGACAUCCGCAGUCCAGGUGGGGGGCAAAAUGGGGUACCUGUUCUGUAAGGCAACCGCGCCACGAGAGAGUUACGCGUACCCAUUUUAUAUUAAAUAUCUAUAGAAAAGGUACGAGUAACGGGUAGAGAUAAUUAUCUCGUGGCGCACAUGCUAGUAUAGAUAACUAAAUAGAUAAUUAGCUCGGCGCCAAAUUGUGAUUGUAAAAAACUAUGGUCCGACUGGUUAUAAACUGGUGUAAGACGCUUGCAAUCGAAGAGUCCAAUUCAAGUAUCGCAAUACGGUAAGCUCAGCUGAAAAUGGAACUUAUCUUUCUUGUUUUAAAGAUUACAUUCGACCACAUUAUCACAGAAUGUUUGGAAAAUAGAAAUCUGUUGUACAGCAUAUAUGACCUUAAAAUAAGGACAAUUAAGUAUAUUUUACUUUAAGGCUGUAUUAUUCAUCGGCUAAUAAUAACUCUUCGAUUGCCAGUCUUAUUUUAUUUCUUAUAUUAACGAUACAGGGUGCGUUGUAUUAUCGACUGCGCAUUAUAGUCGAGCGCGUACGCAGUGUCGUCUCUGUCAGGGGGUUUCCCGUCGCGUCUAGGAUAAAAUCCUUGUUUUGUGGGGGUUUUGAAGGAAGUAGCAGCCCCAAAUGUCACCUUUCAUAAAUAAUAUUCAAAGAAUCCCUUGUGGAUUAUUAUUACUGUAAAGGCAAAGCCGUUUAACAAUUUAACGUUCGGUUUGAUGCCUUAUAGUAACUGAACAGAUGAAUAAUUAGUUUCGGUUAAGUUUUUGCACUAUUUAAGGUUAAAUGGCUCUUAUAUAAGGUUGCAUGUAUAAAUAUAUUAGUUUAUCGCAUAUAUAAUAAAAGAAAGAAAAAGUAAAUUGCAAAAAAGUAAGUUCUUUUCUGAAAUUUGAGUAAUAUUAGAAAACGUUAUUUUAUAACACCCUACUCGCUUGUGCCUUCAUACUACCGACUACAUUUAUCAUUCCUGUAUCCUUAAUUGGAGUAUUAAUUGUAAAGCCUGACCAGUGGGGUUAGGAUGCGCGCCAUUAGAGAGAUAUGUCCACCCAUUAUCUCGUCAAACACUGUAGAAAAAAUACGAGUAACGGUUAGAGAUAACUAUCUCGUGGUGCACACGCUAGGCCUGCAGGAAAAUAAAAAUCUCGCCUUAAAGCGGAUACAAAUAAGUAUUUCUUUCUAUACACUUAGUCUGCCAAAUGCAUUGCCAUGCAAAUGUGGCGUUACCAGAACAGGUUUUUAUUUUCCUGAUCAGGCGUUAUAUAAAAAAUAAUAUUACUUGUAGAUAGGGAAACCUAAGAUAGCAUAAUUUUUUUAUUUAUUGACCUGAUCAGCAAGAAAGAAAUUUAUUUUGUUCAAAACUAGCUUGAGCAAAGCCAACUAGUUUUUAAUGAACUAAUAAACAAAUGUUUCUGAUACCUGAUGUAGAUAUUUCGGUAUCAAAGAAUUUUCCUUUUACAUUACUGAAAUAGAGGUCAGCGGUAAGGAAUAUUUAAAAGAAAUGUGAAACUACGCAGUUAGUGAUUUCACGUGUUUGCUAAAGAUAUCAGAAAAUCCCUGAAUACUAUAUGAGUACCUACGUGCUUUUGCUUACUGAAAGAAAUAUAGUGAAAUGGCCAUUGGCGUACCCAGAUUCUGGUCUAGUAGAAUUUUUUGGUCAGAUCGUCCGCGGCUGUAGUGAACUUCUUUUAGAGGGCCCUCUAUAAUCGAUAUUAAAGCCAAAAUUGUAUUUUUUAAAUCCCCUAACAGGGGAUAUAAUUAACGUGUCCACCUGCUAGAACAUGGAAUUGGAGAAGUUUACCCCCGAGGCCCGAUUAUUAUUACACAUAUAUUAUAACAUGUCUAUGUUACACAUACCUAUAUGAUAAAUUGUUAGCAAGUUUAAAGAUCCUAAUUAUACCGCUAUCACAGAUACUUAAAUUGUUUUGGAUAGUUACACUGUAUACACCAAUAUGUCAAGGGGAAAUAAUGAAUAUUAUUUCCACUUGUGCGCCAAUGCUGUGAGAGUUGAUAAAGCUGUGGGAGACGAUACAUUUUUAUCCUUUCACCGGUGAGAUUAUUGUCUCCUUGCCAAUGCUAGCCGCGCAGCUGACCUUCCCUGCCCCCUGGGUACGCCAAUGGAAAUGACGUUAAUUUUGCACAAAAUAUGUCACCUUAGAAAUAAUUAUACACAUUUUUUUUGUGGUUAUGAAGAAAUAUAACUACGAAUGUUUGAAAUGUAGAUUAAAAUUGCUUCAAUUUAGUAUGGAAUGAAGUAAAUGUCUUUCUUAUGAUAUCCACGUUUAGCUUUAUAAGAUAUAAUGUAAACUAUAAUUUAAAACUUAAUAAAUAAAGUUGUAUUUGUACUAGCUUAUUAAUAAAAUACUGCAGAACUAGUAUGAGUGAAUAGGUAUAUACUGAAAGCUUUUAUGACACGAACUGUAAAAAAUCUGAUGUUUUUACCUGUAACCAGUACAAAUUGUGUGUUGUUUUGUAAUUAUCUAUUGAGAUUAAUUGUAUUCAAUGUUUAUAUUUAUUGCAUUCGUAAGAAUAUAUUGCAUAAAAUCAGUAAAAAGUGCACGAUUUUUUCACGUUUUUUUUUAAAUCAUAGAAGGACAAUAAUUAAUUAAAAAAUAUAUAUUUUGUGAAAGAAAACAUUACUUAAAUCUAUAUAAGAUGUUAUGUUUUCUUUUAAAGGAUUUUGUUUACAGUAAUCGAUUUUUAGGGUUUUUUUAUGCUGGCCUAUAACCAAUUUAUUAUUUUGAUAACACUAUUAGUUGAUAAUUUAAUUACUGAAAUAGCACAAAAAUCAAGAAUCAAUUACUAAAAAAAUAUUAUACAAUGUAUUUUAUCCAAUUGAUGAAUUUCUGAAAUCUAAGCCUCAGAACUAGAUCGUUUAUAUAUAAUUGACCAAAUUUUGUAUGUUGGGUUGCCUGACCGGAUAUGUUGCGACUUUUUAUUUAGCUAAGAACAUUUUUAACAUAUUCAUACAAAUAAAUACAUUUCAUUUGAUAAAGCAGCGAAAAUUUAUCUUAUUCUUAUUAUACGAGCAAUUCUUGUAUAUAUAUAAUUGGAAUCUCAGAAUCGGCUUUCAUGAAAUUUAGUAUACUGAGGGUUUCGGGGGCGAUAAAUCGAUCUAGCUAGGAUUCAUUUUUAGAAAAUGUCAUUUUAUUCGUGUUUUCCGGUAAUAACCGAUUUGGUUUUACGAAAUUGCACGGGUCAGCUAGUGGUAUUUUAAUGUUGAAUAUCAUCUCAGGGAAGUAAGUAAUAACUUUGCUGCUGAACAAAAUAUGUAUUGUAAAAUGUUCUAUAUAAUAAUCUAAUCAUUUAUAUCUACCUAUUAGGUUUUCUUUUUUCGAUUUGGUUAAAGUUGGCAUUUAUUGAUAUCGAGCACAUCACUAACUUUGUUUAUAUGUAAUUGUUGAAACAAUGUUGUUGUUUGAAUAAAUAUUAUCUUGAGUUU